UAUCACGGCCAGUGUCCGGUCAGCUGGCCGGCCGAGCGAUCCGCGCGGAGUGCUGGAGACAGGGAGCCGGAGGAGCCGCUCCAACAACCCGUCCCCUCAGUGGUGCCGUGGGAAGGCGCCUGUGGAGCCGCCGGCGUGCGAGGAGCCAGUGCAGCUCCGUCCCGUGUGGGAUUGGCGGCUCCCUGAGCAGCAGUGACAGGCCGGAAAACGCGCCGCAUACAUCGGCCAGUUUCCUGGCCAUUGUCCCAUCCAGCGCGGCGUCCGCGGAGCCGCGGCGCCGAGUGGGGGCUGAGGGCCGUGCAGGCCCGUCUGAGCGCCUUGGACCGGGUGACCCGGCGGCUCAGGCGCGCCGCGCCGCGGACAGCGGCCGUCCAGAGAGGCGCUCCGGGAGCUGACACCGGCGACACUGUCACCUGCCGGCGCCUGUCACCGUGACUGUGACCGUCAGAGGGGACAGGGAGUCGCGGAGGUGGCAGAACUGAACACCGACUCCCAGGGUGACAGCGAUCUGAAGAGGAGCAGCACCGCCGACCGCAGCUCAGUCACAAGCAAGCUCUGAACUGCAAACAUGAAGUUUGCAGAGCACCUAUCAGCACACAUCACUCCAGAAUGGAGGACCCAGUAUAUCCUGUACGAGGAGAUGAAGACGAUGCUGUACGCGGCGGUGGAGAAGGCGCCGUCGGCCGAGGUGGUGGACGAGGAGGACGUCCAGCGCUACUACGCCGGCUUCGACGAGCACUUCCUCCACUUCUGCGACAAGGAGCUCAAGAAGAUCAACACCUUCUUCUCGGAGAAGCUGGCCGAGGCGCAGCGCAAGUACGCCAGUCUGCAGAGCGAGCUGACGGCGCGACAGGACGCCGAGGCGCUGGCCGGCUCCAACAAGUCGCGCGCGUUCACACUGCGCCGGCGCACCUCCGUCCGGAAGGCGCAGAACCUCAAACUGGCCUUCUCAGAGUUCUACCUCAGCCUCAUCCUGCUGCAGAACUACCAGAGCCUCAACUUCAUGGGCUUCAAGAAAAUCCUGAAGAAACAUGAUAAGAUCCUGUCGGUGGAGACGGGAGCCAAGUGGCGCAUGGAGAACGUGGAGACGGCCGUGUUCUAUACCAACAAGGACAUCGACAAGCUGAUCCGCGCCACCGAGAACCAGGUCACCGCCGACCUCGAGGGCGGCGACAGGCAGAAGGCGAUGAAGCGUCUGCGCGUGCCGCCGCUGGGUGAGCAGCAGUCGCCGUGGACCACGUUCAAGGUGGGCCUGUUCCUGGGCGCGUUCGUCGUGCUGGUGGCCGCCGUCAUACUGACGGCCGUGUUCCACGCCGACGGCCACCGCUGGCUGACGGUGGUGCGCCUGUUCCGCGGACCGCUGCACGUCACGCUGUUCAUCUUCCUGAUCGGCAUCAACGUGCACGGCUGGCGCUCUGCCGGAGUCAACCACGUGCUCAUCUUCGAGCUGAACCCGCGCAGCCACCUGUCUGCGCAGGCGCUGAUGGAGAUCGCCGCCAUAUUCGGCGUCAUCUGGGCCGUCAUGGUGCUCUGCUUCCUCUACAGUGACAGUCUGGGCAUCCCGCCGUACCUGAACCCUCUGAUACUCACCGUCUUCAUGGUGGCCUUUCUGCUCAAUCCGACCAAGUCGCUGCGGCACGAGGCGCGCUUCUGGCUCAUCAAAAUCGUCUGCCGCGUCCUGUGCGCGCCAUUCUGUCACGUCGGGUUCGCCGAUUUCUGGCUGGCCGAUCAGAUCAACAGCCUGGCCUCGGUGCUGCAGGACCUCGACUUCCUGGUCUGCUUCUACGUCACACAGGGCGGCGAGUGGUCCGAGCAGGUGGACGACACGGACGGCUACAGCUGUUUUUCGCCGUCGUUCGUGUCUGGUGUGGUGAUGCGCUGCCUGCCGGCCUGGUUCCGGUUCGCGCAGUGUCUGCGCCGCUACCGCGACACGCGCGAGGCCUUCCCGCACCUGGUCAACGCCGGAAAGUACUCGACCACCUUCUUCAAGGUGGCGUUCAGCACCAUGUUCCAGGCCACGAUCGGCGAGUACGACAGUCCGUUUGAGAACCCGUACUUUUACCUGUUCGUGGCCAGCCAACUGACCAGCUCUAUCUACACGUACACGUGGGACAUCAAAAUGGACUGGGGUCUGUUCGACAAGAACGCCGGCGACAACACCUUCCUGCGAGAGGAGCUCGUCUACUCGACGCAGGUGUACUAUUUUGCCAUCGUGGAGGACUUUAUCCUGCGCUUCUUCUGGGCUGUGAGCCUGGUGGUGUCACUGGUUCGGCCCGGCGUGCCCACUGUGCUCACUGUCAUCGCGCCGCCGCUCGAGAUAUUCAGGAGGUUCGUGUGGAACUUCUUCCGCCUGGAGAACGAACACCUGAACAACUGCGGUAAAUUCCGCGCCGUCCGAGACAUAUCCGUGGCGCCCAUCGACGCGUCCGACCAGGCAGAGAUAAUUCGUAUGAUGGACGAGGAUAACGGCGUGACGAACCGCCGGAAUCGGCGGAAGCCGGGCGCCAACAAACAGUGGGCCAUGGAGCGGAACCUGCUCUCCCUGGCGCGCACAUUCACCGUGGCGCCCAUCUCGGCGAUGACGCCGUCGGCGCCGCCGCCGCCGCCGCCGCCGGCUCCCAUCACACGCACGCCGCCCGGCGGGGUAGAUGUCGACCAGCUGCACGCUAAACUGGCCUGAGCCCGGCCCGGCCCCGGCCACUGCUGGCCUGAGCUCGGCCCGACCCGGCCACAGCUGGGCUGAGCUGUCCCGGCCCGGCCACUGCUGGGCUAAACUGGCCCCGGCCCGGCCACUGCUGGACUGAGCUCGGCCCCGGCCACUGCUGGCCUGAGCCCGGCCCGGCCCGACCACUGCUGGGCUGAGCCCGGCCCGACCCGGCCACUGCUGGGCUGAGCCCGGCCCCGGCCCGGCCACAGCUCUGUUCGCCGCCGCCCCGCGGACGGCGCCGAACGGGGGGGGGGGGAUGGCUCUCGCUCGCCGUCCGUGUCCCGGUGUAGGUGUUUCUCUGUAUGCAUGUGUGACCGGGCUCCGGGAGCCCCGCUGUGCCGCGAGUCUCGAACGAGGAGCCUGCGGGGCCUUCGACCUGGACUCGGAAUUCGGUCCGUUAGCCGACUGAGCAUUCGAACAUUUUAGACUAUGCGUUUUACCAGUACAUAGCUCUUGAAGGCGUGAAAUGCGCAUAUUGUGCAGCUCUUAUACGAAUAAGUGGAGUGUGCAGUCCGAUGGGUUGGGUUGUGGCUCAGCACGACGUCUUGUAGGAUACGGUAUUGGUGGUAUUGACUGGUCCCGACUGUCGGGUAACAUUCCACAUUGGGUGGCCGCAACCAGGUGCCUCCUAUGAGCAGAUAGGUACUCGGCGAAUGCUCAGCAGCUGAUAGCGUAGGAUGGAUCAUUAUUACUGAGCAUGUUUUUAGUGAUAUAGCCUGCCAUGGCCUCUCGUUCGUUCCCAUAAAUACAUUAUAUGACCGCAGCA